UAAUCCAAAUUAACUACUAUGAUCAAAUAUAACAUCAGUUUCUUAUACUACACACGAAAAACAACACACAAUUAACAUUGCAACCAGAAGAAAGAAAAAAACAAUGGCUUAUGCUGCUGCGACUUCUCUCAAGCAAACUAUACAAGGACUCCUAUGUUCUUCCAACAUUUCCAUUGAUUCUUCGAGUCGUGAAAUCCUAGAUGUUGCACACAAUCACCUCACAUCCUUACAAAAAACCCUAAAAAAAUCGGACGAAUGCAUCCGCAGCAACGGAUUGAGAGCGUUGGAAGAAGAAAUCAGAAUGCGAUACACAGCUUAGAAGAUUCCCUCGAAUCCCAGUUUGUAUCAAAUAUCGAAGAGGAAGAUGCCCCCAUUUCCUUUCCUCUGGAGCUAGACUUGGAGGAAGUAUCGCACGAGUUCAACUCCUUCGCGGAAGCAGCAAAGAAGAUGAAGGAAGACUACAAUCAACAUCUCGACAAUCCAUCUUGUGAUGAAAAUGAUGAUUAUGCAUCACGACAGACAAUCGGUUGUAACGUAAAGAUGGUUGGAUUAUCCGACGUCUACAGUGAUUUCAAAGAUCAUUUGAUGAGAGUGAUAAGGCCAGACGACUUCGGUUUCUUCUCCUUCUUCGGCAAACCAGGCACCGGGAGAUCCCUUGUGGCCCGGAGGGUCUAUGACGACAUACAAGGCUCCUUCAAAUGCAGCGCCUGGGUGAGGAUAGGCUCAACAUAUGACCUCACACAACUCCUCUUAAACAUCAUUUCUCAAAUAAAAGAAGUAGAUGAUCACGAGUUACUCCUGAGCUCCCAAUUAGGAGAGGAGAAAUUGGGGGAAUAUGUGUACACUAGUUUGGAAGGAAGGAGGUACAUGGUUGGAUUGGACGACAUUCGCGACACAGACGUUCUGAUCAAGCUGAGAAGAUCGUUGCCAGAGCAGAACAACGGAAGCGUGGUGUUGCUGACAACGGAAUUAAGUGAAGUAGCUGAAUACGACGAGAGCUUUGUGCUCCUUAUACCGCCUUUGAUGGAUGAAGACUUCAUCUGGCCUUACAUACGGUCUAUGUUUUUCGAGGGCAUAGCGCCGCCGGAGUUUGAGGAAAUAGGGAGGAAGAUUGCCAGAAACUGUGGAAAUUGUAGACUAGUGGUGGGCAGAAUUAUUCUGAUUUUGAGGAAAAUGAAGAAGGAGGCGGAGAUCUGGAGCGGGCUAGCUGAGGCUCAACAUGAUCGCGUUUAUAUGAUGGAUGAUGAAAUAUCAGAGGCACAUAAAGUACAAAAAUAUAUGCAAGAAGACGAUCAAGUAUGGUCGAAAGUUAUGUUUCACGACAACAUAUCUAUAUUAGUAGAGAGAACCAAGGAUGUUCUUUCUCCAGACAGGUUAUUUUCAAAAAUGGGAAUUAUGACUAUAUAUGGAAUUGCCGGAGUUGGUAAGACUACUCUUAUCAGAAAUAUUUUUUCAGACCUCUCAAUCAUGCAUCGUUUCGACCAUUGUGCGUGGGUGAAUGUGGGCUCAAAUUAUAAAUCAAAAGAAAUCUUGUUACUCCAUAAGAAAUGCCUCAUUGUGCUAGAUGAUUUAUGGAACCAAGCUCCGGUGCAUAUCUUGGAAAACUUUUUACCUAGCAUCAAGGGUGAACUUAUUGUUACGACUAGACUAUUCAAGGUUGGCCUUUUUGGACCAUGUGAUAGAAUGAUGAAAUUGCGUUUCCUAAAUAAAGACGAAAGUUGGGAUCUUCUUCGCGAGAAGGUGUUUGGCAAUGAGAUUUUCCCUAUUCGACUUGAAUCUAUGGGAAGGAAGAUUGCUGAGAGUUGUGAAGGCCUUCCUCUCCUGAUUCUCUCAGUCGCGGAUAAGCUAUCUGGACUUGAGAAAACCUUGGAGGAAUGGAGCAUGGUAGCAUCUGGAAAAGUACCGGUUAUUAGGGAUGCAGAAAUGAAAAUAUCAAACUCAUUGCUUCCGAGUUAUGAAGCUUUACCUCAACACUUGAAAGCAUGCUUUCUCUACACGGGGGGUUUUCCCAAAAAGUUUGACAUCCCUACCUCUAAGCUCAUCAAUUUAUGGUUUGUCGAAGGCUUUCUUGAACCAAAUUCGUCUCAAACUUUUGAGGAUUUUGCUGCAAGAUGCUUGAAGGAGCUUGUUUAUUCUACUACCGUUAUGGCUAAAAAGAGUUCUGAUUUGGAACAUAACAAGACUUGUGAUCUCCAUCCAGUAUUUUGGCAUCUAUCACGAAGGGAAGCCAUCAAGAGUAAGUUUUUCCACAUCUUGAAUAUUGGUGAUAUCAAUUCAAUGGAAGAUAGUUUGAAGAGCCAACAGAGAUUAUGUAUUCCAAAUAGCAUUUUAUUGGGAAUCAUGGAUGAUGCAAUGUCGGCCUUCUCAACUAUACGUACUUUGCUAUGUACCGGUCCAAUACAUCAAUAUCUAGUUCCAUUAUGUUUCAAGUCAAGAAAUUUGAAGGUUUUAGAAGCUCUUGCAAUCCGUUUCUACGAAUUUCCGAUUGAAGUAGUGACAUUGGUUCAACUAAGGUACCUUGCCCUCACUUAUGAUGGAAACCUCCCACCUUCCAUAUCCAUACUUUGGAAUCUACAAUACUUGAGAGUGAGACAAUACUUGAGUAUAAAAUCCCUGAGCAAUUCUUCGUAUUUGCCUAAUGAAAUAUGGAAUAUGAAGGAGUUGAAACAUCUUCAUGUUUCAGGUCACAAGCUACCUAAUCCAGAUUGUGAGGAGUCCCUUUUACCAAACUUGUGUUCACUCUUGGGUGUGAGUGUCCAUAGUUGUACAAUGAGGGUUCUCAAAAAAAUGCCUAAUCUUAAAAAGCUUGGAAUUCAAGUUGAAUUGGCACCAGAUGACAAUAGUGAUUCCUUAAAUUACUUAGAUCAUAUAUAUCAUCUUAGUAAAUUGGAAUCACUUAAAUGUGUCGUUGUGAAUCCGGAUCUCGGGUUAGAAGAUGUUGCCCCGCUUAUUCCUAGUUCUAUGCUCCCAUCAAGCCUUAAAAGGUGGAGUUUGAGUGGGGUAGGAUAUCCUUGGGAGUACAUGAAGGUAAUCGGAAAACUACCCAAUCUUCAAGUGCUAAAACUGAGAUGCUAUGCUUUUCUAGGACCAACUUGGGAGAUAGGUUGGCAUGAAUUCCGCCAACUCAAAUUUCUUUCAAUAGAAGAUGUUGAUUUGGUUAGUUGGGAUAUAAAAAUGCUUGGCAUCCCGAAACUUGAGUUCUUAAGCUUUAAACACUGCUACAAUUUGGAAGAACUCCCAUCUUUUUUGUUUGCUUGUGUUCGAAAGAUAGAAGUAGUUGAAAGCCACCCUUUAUCUGAGGUUUGGGCAAAGAAAAUGAAAGAAAAGAAUUGGAGGAUAGAGGUACAAACUCUUGAACAUGAUAUCCGAUCAUCAUGGAAUGAUUCAAGGUUUAAUCAAAUUGAUGACUCUUUCAAUAGAAAUUAAAGGUUAGUAUUAAAAUUUUGAUUAAUCUCAUUUUUCAUAACAUG